CUGUUCUGGGGCCUGGGGGGUCUCGGGUGGGCUCAGUCCCCUCUGCCCUGUGUCCCUGCAGGAGGAUAGAGGACUGCCUGCCCCCACUGGAGGACUCCCCGUCCAAGAGGUUCUCCCCCUCCAAGCGAAAGCAGUAUUAUAUCAACAAGGCCAUCCGCAACUCGGACCUCAUCCCCAGGGCCAAGGGGCGCAAGAGCCUGCAGAGGCUGGAGAACACUCGCUACCUGAUGACACUUCUGGAGCGAGAUGAAUGUGGGAGCGACGAGGGAGAGCUCACCCACUCUGCCACCCCAAGCAUCUUCACCGAGGCCUGUAACAACGAGACUUAUGUGGAGAUCUGGAACGACUUCAUGAACCGGUCAGGAGAAGAACAAGAGCGAGUCCUGCUCUACCUGGAGGAGGAGGCCAGGAAGAAGCACAAGAGGAAGCUGCCAGUCAAGAACAAAGACAAGUGGAAAGAGCACCCUGCCUACACACCCAAGGAGUGUUUCCAGCGCAUCAGCCGUCGCCUGCGCUCCACCCUGAAGCGGGGCAGGAUCCCCAUGGGCACGCUGGAGGGCCUGGAGGAGGAGCUGCUGGCCUUCUUCUCCGUCACCCCUCAGUCUGUCUACACAGCAUUGAUGGACAACAGCUUUGAGCGACUCCUGCUCCACGCGCUCUGCCAGUACAUGGACCUCGUCUCUGCCAGUUCAGACAUCGAAGGGAAACGUCAAAUGAAAGUGAGCAACAAACACCACGUCUUCCUGCCCCCCGAGCUCCUGCUCUCAGACUACCUGGGGCAGAUGAGCUGAUACCCCCCAGGGACACCCUGCCCCUCGCUUGGUGCACUGAAGGCUU